GAAGUAGUGAACAGACUUUGGGUGUGCUAACUGAGGCUGAGACUACUGUGACCAAGGAGAAAUGUAACAAAUCAUGAUGUGUGUGUGUGUGUGUAGGUGUGUGAAGGGAGAGCGAACGUACCGCAGCGCUAAACCCCACGCAUCUGUCUGUUUCUCCAGUGGGCUGAGUUGUCACCUGUACAUGUCCUGUCAUUCCCAGCGAGAAAAACGAAGUGCUCAGGAGAGAAACAUCAAACAGCACACUAAAGUCAGGGGAGAAUCAGACAAGCACUGGUAGUUCUUUAAGACGAAGAAAGAGACAGGCAGGAUUUGAAAUGACAACAACUAAAAAACAACCUGGGUGCCGAAGAGGAGGGGAGAGAUGAUGGAGAAGGGGAAUUGGGGGAUGCUGCAAAAGGGAGGGAGGGAUGGAGACACAGAGACAGAGAGAGGAGGGUGAGGUGGAAAAGGAAAAGAAAGGGAAAAAAACAGAGAGACAGCCAGAGCGGCACAGAGACAGACCGAGGUAGAGCAUGGGCAGAAGACGGCACUCCAUCCGGCAACCAUGACAACGGAGGCAAGCGCACGCCAAGCCCCCCGUACCCUCGCACCACCGAUAAGGGGGUUGUGAACCUCUGCGGACAGAGGGGACGACUGCAAAACACGCUGAGACCUGGAAUGGUUUAGAUAUUUCUGCAUCGAUUAGUUCUUUUCAUGUGUGCUUUCACCUGGUGAGAUGUGUGGUUGAAUUCAGCUCUCUCCUGCCACUCAUCAGGGUGGGCUGAAUCCGGAUCAAAGCGAACAGCUGGGAAGCACACGCAGGAGCCUUUUCCACUGUGACCCAUCAAUGGAGUCCCUGAGGUGGGCUUAAUGCCGCUCAAUGGUUCUCCUCCGGAGCAAACGCGCUGCCAGCAGGCUUGAAGACAGAAUAUUCUUGAAAUUCGCCUGUGAGAGAGAAGAGACGAAACAUGUAAGCCAGAUGAUGCUGGAUUUCUCUGGACUUGUGUCAUCUUAUGUCACCGAGUCCACAUAAACCCCAUGGCGCAGCUGUACUACAACAAGGCCAGUAACUCCCCGUACCGCGAUCGCAUCCCCCUGCAGAUUGUGAGGGCGGAGGUUGAGCUCUCUGCCAAGGAACGAGCCUACCUGACGGCGGUGGAGAAGGGCGACUAUGCUGGAGUUAAACUGGCCCUUGAGGAGGCCGAGAUCUAUUACAACAUCAACGUGAACUGCCUGGACCCGUUGGGCCGCAGCGCACUCCUCAUUGCUAUUGAGAAUGAGAACCUGGAGGUGAUGGAGCUGCUGUUGAGUCAUGGCGUGCUCAUGGGCGACGCUCUCCUCUACGCCAUCCGCAAGGAAGUGGUGGGAGCGGUGGAGUUACUGCUGUCCUACAGGAAGCCCAGUGGCGAGAAACAGGUUCCUUCUCUCAUGAUGGACACACAGUUUUCGGAGUUUACACCCGAUAUCACACCAAUCAUGUUGGCUGCCCACACUAACAACUAUGAGAUAAUCAAGCUCCUAGUUCAACGAAAAGUCACCAUACCGCGGCCACACCAGAUCCGUUGUGACUGCGUGGAAUGUGUAUCCAGCUCCGAAGUGGACAGCCUGCGGCACUCCCGUUCACGCCUGAACAUCUACAAAACUCUUGCCAGCCCCUCUCUCAUCGCCCUUUCCAGCGAAGAUCCCAUCCUCACAGCAUUCAGGCUGGGCUGGGAGCUGAAGGAGCUCAGUAAGGUGGAGAAUGAGUUCAGGCAGGAGUACGAGGAGCUAUCGCAGCAGUGCAAACUUUUCGCUAAAGACUUGCUGGAUCAGGCCCGUAGCUCCCGUGAGCUGGAGACCAUCCUGAACCAUCGGGAUGACCACAGCGAGGAGCUGGAUCCCCGUGAAUGCAGAGACCUGGCCAAGCUCAAGCUAGCCAUCAAGUACCACCAAAAAGAGUUUGUAGCUCAGCCCAACUGCCAGCAGCUCCUGGCAACACUGUGGUAUGAUGGUUUCCCGGGUUGGAGACGUCGUCACUGGGCAGUGAAGCUCGUCACUUGCUUCAUCAUUGGCCUGCUCUUCCCUGUCUUCUCCCUCAUAUACCUUCUGGCUCCAAAGAGCACUCUUGGAACCUUCAUCAAGAAGCCAUUCAUCAAGUUCAUCUGCCACACUGCCUCCUACCUGACCUUCCUCUUGCUCCUCCUCCUCGCCUCACAGCAUAUCGUGCAAACGGACCUGCAUGUACAGGGACCUCCACCCACCAUUGUGGAGUGGCUGAUCUUACCCUGGGUUCUAGGCUUCAUCUGGGCAGAGAUUAAAGAGAUGUGGGAUGGAGGUUUCACAGAGUACAUCCAUGACUGGUGGAACCUGAUGGAUUUUGCAAUGAACUCCCUCUACCUGGCCACCAUAUCUCUUAAAAUGGUGGCCUACUUUAAGUACAAUAGCUCUCGUCCUCGUGUGGAGUGGGAGAUGUGGCACCCUACGCUCAUCGCAGAGGCUCUCUUCGCUAUCGCCAACAUCUUCAGCUCGCUGCGUCUCAUCUCUCUGUUCACUGCCAACUCUCACUUGGGCCCACUGCAGAUUUCUCUCGGCCGCAUGCUGUUGGACAUCCUCAAGUUCCUUUUCAUCUACUGUCUGGUGCUGCUGGCUUUUGCCAACGGCCUCAACCAGCUCUAUUUCUACUAUGAGACGAAGGCGUCCGAAGAGCCCAACCACUGCAAAGGGAUCCGUUGUGAGAAGCAGAACAAUGCCUUCUCCACGCUGUUUGAAACUCUUCAGUCUCUUUUCUGGUCUGUGUUCGGGCUGUUGAAUCUGUACGUCACCAAUGUGAAGGCUCGUCAUGAGUUCACCGAGUUUGUAGGGGCCACCAUGUUCGGCACUUACAACGUUAUCUCGCUGGUGGUGCUACUGAACAUGCUAAUCGCUAUGAUGAACAAUUCUUACCAGCUUAUUGCUGAUCACGCGGACAUUGAGUGGAAGUUUGCUCGUACAAAGCUGUGGAUGAGCUACUUUGAUGAGGGAGGGACGUUACCGCCACCCUUCAACAUCAUACCUAGUCCAAAGUCUGUGUGGUACCUGUGUGUGUGGCUGCACUGCCGUCUGUGUGGACACGGAGAGCCAAGGCAAGAGUGUAAACAUGGAAACCUCAAAGAGUUCACGGAAAGGCAUGCCGAUAACCUCAUUCAGAACCAGCACUACCAGGAGGUGAUCAGAAACUUGGUAAAGCGAUACGUUGCAGCCAUGAUCCGCAGCGCCAAAACAGACGAAGGGCUGACAGAGGAGAACUUCAAGGAACUGAAGCAGGACAUCUCCAGUUUCCGCUACGAGGUUCUUGACCUGCUGGGCAACCGAAAACCACCACGCCGCACAUAUUCUUCCAGCAGUGAGGCCACUCUACAGGACGAAACAGCUGAGCCUGAGGAAGAUGAGGAGGCAGAUGGGCUCGGAGGACACCGAUGUGGGGAUGGGGGAGAGUCAUCCAGAUCCAAAGCAUCUACGUCCUUUUCCCAAUGUUACAGGAGUAACCGAGAGUCUCAAUUCAGCGUAUCAGCCCUGUUCAAGUCCAUGUCGGGACCGGCCAAAGAAAGACUGGAGAGCAAUGGCUUGAGAAAGAACAUAUCCCACCCUGCUGCAUUUGUGCGGACCAGCAGCCGCAUGCUGCACUUUUCACGCUCCAAGAAAAACUCUUUGCAACGGUUGGGAACGCUAAUGUCGCGUAUGAACGGACACAUCCCGGAUCCGCAUGUGGAGACCCCGGGAGUUCAGCAGUCUCCAUACAGCGUCUCAAACAGAGUACCGCAAACAUCUUGGCAAGACCCCCAGACGCUGUCGAAGGUAACACAGAGCGAGAUGCACCUGCACACGCUGGGAUUGGGACCCUCUGAGACUGAACAUAACCCAAUGCAGGCCACAUCUCAACGGGCGAACGGCAGGGACAGUCUCCUCCUCCGGCCACCCAGCCACUCGCUGCCCCCGCUGCACUGUGCUUCCAGAUUGACCGCCUCCAGCUCCCAGCUCUUGGCCUCCAGUGAUGACCUGUGCCAUGGCUGGAUGGGACCCUGUGACAGUUUAGGCUCCUCCAGCUGGGAACAAGAGGAGUCUGUUACGACACAGCUGUAGUGGCAGAAGCAAAAUCAGCUCACUUUGACAGCUUUUCACAGCUUAAGGCGAUUGGUUUAAAAGGUUUGAUAAUAGUAAAGGCUUUAAUAAUUUAGCAUCUUUACGCUUUGCUUUUUCACAAAACACGAGCAAAACAAAUUGUGUAAAAACGUUCAUAAAACCUCAACGCGAGAGUCAAUGCGACCAUUUACGUAAUGUGUAUUUACUGUACGUGUUCCAUAUUAUUUGAAAAAUUUGUUCCACUUGUGUUAAUUGAUUGAGGCCCAUAGUCUUUAAACACUGGGAAUUUAUAUUCAAAGGUGAAGCAUGUAAUUUCUGCACUAAUAAUUAAUGACUCAUAAUAAUAAUGACGACCACUCCCCAACUGCCAUUGGUCAGAUAAUAGAUAGCCCUGCCCACAAACUAACAAUUUUCAAAGCAAAAAUUGCAUCUGAAAUCACAUACUUCCCUACUGUAUAGUAGGUGAAAAGAGUAUGUCCAAAUUCACAGUAUUCAUAAAAUGGUAGUUGAAAAGUAUCCAGAUGACUUACUUCUGGU